ACUUUGGCUCCGUGUUUCGCGUGACCUCCACUUGGCGGCGCGGCGCUCACUAAUCGAUAUUUUCCUGCGGGCUUCGGCCGCGUCGACAAAGGGCGUACUUCAGGGAACGCAAAGCCCGAGAAAUGAAUAACCUGGAAAAAUCCACUCGAGUCGAAUUCCUGUCGAAAUCUCUUCGAUUCCACGUGGAGGACGCUCGCCGAAGUCUCGGCUGGCGCGUCUUGAUCGGCGGGACCGGCGGGUCGAUCGAUCGCGUCGCCCCUCGGGUCGAGGCGGCGAGCGUCUUCUCGGUCGCCGUUCCCGAGCGCGCUCCGCGUAGGAAGGCGGAGCUCCGCGCGUCGAGGUGCCCGAGGAGGAGUUCGAACGAGCCGGCGAGGCUCCAGGUUGGCGGAGGCUCGAGGGUGGGGGGCUCGCGUGACUAGGUCGCCCGCAGGCUCCUCGCGGCUCGGCGAGAGAUGCCGUCACCCCGUGACCGCGAGUUCACCCAGGACAGUCCGACGCUUCUCCGAGGCGAGAGAGCCACCCGGGCGGCGCGCGCCGAGACGCGGCCUCUCGGCCGAGCUCUGACCCGCCGGCGACCCGGCGCCCGACGACCGCGAGGAAAGGUGGCAUCACUGGGUAUGUGGAAGCCGCGGCCGCGGACGGCGCCAAGGGCUGCCCUACCGCCUAGAUAGAUACGACGCCAUUUUACUAACCUACCUCCGAGGCGGACGUGCGCCCCCGCCGUCCUCGAAGACUUGGACCCGACGACGCCGACGCCUGCCUCGGACACAAGGGGACGCCACGGUAGUCUGCAACGUUAUUAUGGAAGAUGAAGGUGGCAAGACUGGAGACACUGAUGCAUGGGUUGUUCCAAAAGAAAGGAGGCAAAACGACGUCGAUGUUAUUGUAAACGAUUCUAGCGAUGCCAAGGUGGAUACGGAUAGUACCGAAGGAAACAAGGAAGAUAGGUAUGAUCAACCACUCGACGAGGAGUUGACAAAUAAGAGCACGGUCGGGUCUUCGAGCAUUGUAUUCAAAGGUUUCAAGAAGCGCAUUCUUGAUCAGACACGGGCUAAUCAAUCGGCUGUGUCAAGGAGUACCGUUCAGGAGCUUUCGACGUCGCAUGUUGAUGUUUCAGCGGGGAGAGGUGUCAGGGACAAAAGGUCUGACAAGAAGAGAGGAAAGAUAGCGGAGUAUGCUCAGUACUUGGGUUUACAACCGGCAGGAAAUUACAAGUGUUCAAAGUGUUUCGUGGCAACUUUUUGUUCGGUGUCGACCUUGAAGCAGCACCAGCGUGCAUGUUCCGGAGCCAUGACGCCCAUCCAGGGUACUCCGAGUGCUCCGGAGACAUCACCUGUGCCACUUGCCUCGAAUUUCCGCAUCACCAGGAAAGUCUACCUGUGUUCGGCGUGUGGGACAUACUUUGAGAACUGGAAUUUAUUCCUACACAUGCGGGAAGUGCACAAGCGACAUAUAUGCUUGUUUUGUUUAGGCAUGUUUGGCCAGGCAGAACGAUUAUCCUACCACCUGUCGAGCAAGCAUAACGUUCCGGAAACGAAAUUCUCCUCGGUGGAGGAUUUCUACACUGCUUUCAAGGGCUCAUGCUACUUAAUGUGCUGUAACUGCGAGAAGGUUUUUUCAGAGACGGACAAUUUCUACAACCAUUAUUGCUCAAACACGCAGAAGCAGCAUGUACCUUCGAAGACGUGUCCGAUGUGCAAGCAGCAAGCAGGCUCGCACUUGCUCACCUGUGGUUUGGUCUCGGAGAAGAGUAACAAAGUUGCUAACUCGGCUGUUCGUGAUUCGUCGUUGCAUCCAUCGUUACCGCAUGCAGUACCAACUACUGUACAACCUUUAGUUAGUAAUACUAAACCGGUGGCGAAACGAGGAAUUAAGAACAACCGGGCGAAACAUGACGAAGAGUCAUCACCGGGUACGUGUAAACAAAAAAUUAUGGAUGGACAAGCGCGAGAGUCGAGUCCAGAACUUCAUUCGAAUCUUAGGUCUGACAGUGCGAUCGAAAUUAAUAACACGGUGUUAUCAGGUUCUGAAACACCGGUGCAGCUGGACGUCACAAGAGACACCGUUGCGGAAACCAUAAUGGAGGUUUCGAGGUACGUGGGUGAAGACAGCAACGGAGGGAAGGACAAGGAUUCCUGGCAGGACAGGGUCUCGGAUCUUGCCGCAUCCCCCGCACAAAGUGCCGAAGGAGAUACCCUUGACAGCGUAUCCAAAACGAUAAUGGAGGUCUCGCGAUGCGUAAACGAUGGAAGUGGCGAGAACAUUGAUGCCGAUGCAGGAGCCGUUGAUGCGGAUGAAAUACCAAUCCAGGAUCCUGAUAGGAAGACAGAAGAACAGAGCGAGCAGCUUCUGGAAGAGCCAGAGAAUCGGAAGGAGGGUACCAAAGCUGGGGAGUCUUCAUCGACGUUGGUACCUGAUGAAAUAAAAGAGAGUUUAGAAGCCCAGACAGAAAGGACAUCGGUCCCGAAUGAAGCGGAAAUGGACUCCGAGUCUUCGGUGUACAGCAGUCCACCGAACAGUCCAUUCGAGCGGUCUUUGUUCAGUCCAGAACGCGAGGGCCAAAUUCCCGAAUCGCAGGCGAAGGAGUUGCCUGCGAACGAGGCCGGAGAAACCCCCCAGGAAGUUGUCGCGGCGCCUUCGGAGCCCCGUUCCUCGGUCUCUUUCAAUGCGGUGGCAACAUCCGACCGCAGCUUGAUCAUCAAGAUUCGCACAAACCGGAACUCGGAAUUCUCUGUGACGACGGUGAAUGGUCACGGUGGCGACGACCACGACGGUUGCCGAGAUUCCGAAGAGAACAACAACGCCGACGGGUCCACUUCCGAGGAGAAGGCAUCGAAUCUGUCCGACCACGAAGGGGAGAGCAUUAGCGGCUAUCGGAUGAACGACGAAGACGAUAGCGAUUCGGAUAGCGAGAAGUUAGCGGUAGUGGACAGCAACGCGGACGAAGCGGAACGAGAAGAUGAAGCGGUAGUUGGAGACGUUGACUUGGCGAGGACCGAUGGAGGCGCCACGGAAGAGAAGAACGAAGCUCAAGACGAAGCUCACGCCGAAGAGAUAGGCCAGGAUGUUCUGUCGAGCAUGCAAGAUGAAGACGCUGCUAAACCGACCGAGGAGAAGGCGUUGGAGAGCGAUGGCAUCGUCUUAGCUGGCGAGGAUGUACCUAGCUUGGAUCUGAAUGUGGAAGGAAUUUUGGAGAGCAUAGAACUUGAGGAUCUUCUGAAGCGUUGCAUAGACGUAGCUAGUCCGACUUGUGUAUAUUGUAACCACGCACGUCACAUCGCCGUUAACGGCAAGCAGUUGGCUUUGCAUGUCCUCGCCGAGCACAGGUUUCAGCCCCAACACCCGGCUAUAAUCAUCCACAGGGAGCAGUUCAUUGCCCGCGUGAAAAAGUCAAUAGAUGAUCUGGAUGCGUACUACUUCAAUCUGGACUCCUACGACAGCGUCCGCAGUACGUACAAUGUGCCCGAAGUGAGGACUUACGAAUGCUUCCAUUGCAGGUUUCACUCCGUGGUGCAUAAAGAGUUGUACCUGCAUAAUCGUAAGAUGCAUCAGAAGACCAUCCUGAUUUGCAUAAUGUGCAAGUCGACGUUCUACAGCUACAGCGAGCUGUUGUGUCACCUGUGCCCUGGGAUCUACUCACCAAACAUUAACGUGAGGUACCGAUGUUGCCUCUGCUCCAUCGGAAGUCUGCCCUCGGCGUUCAGGCUGAUGGUCCACCUGAGGAAACGCCACCAUGCCUGCGACGUUUGUCUGGAGCCCACCGGGAAUCAGCAGCGACUUUCCAACCACGUCUGGAAGCACAAACUUCAUCAUCUGUGCUACCGUUGCGGCAUUGCGUACCGAAACAAGCCGGACAUAACGAAGCACCUCUUCUGGAAGCACGGCACGGAGAGUGUCUUGUGUAAGAAGUGUCUCCAAAAGAAAUGGCCUCAUAUAUACCACUUUUGCAUACCUCCGACCGCUUUUGUAUGCGAGGAGUGCGGAUCGAGCUUCACCAGGGCCGUCGCUUUGAAGGUUCAUAAACGCUUGCAUUCGGGAGAUGCACCGCAUGCGUGUGAUAAGUGUACCGAGAGAUUGGUCUCGAAGAAGCUUCUAGUGAGGCACAGAGAGGGUCAUGACGAACCUACGGCGUCUAAAACGGAUAACCAGAAUGGAGUUAACCGGCAAUCGCCAAUGGAGGAGUCGAGGACGGAUCAUACUAACAUCGUGACCAAUGGGGAUGACAAGACCGAAGUCCUUAAUUCCGCGAAGGACCUCAAGGAACCCGCGAAGAAGGUCGUGGAUGUCUACGAUCUGCCUCCUCUGAAUUUAUCUUCCGAUAGCGAUAGCGACACUGCGGACGAGAAAGAGGAAUGCAAGGGGUCGCAUAACGUGGAGGAGACGAAGAUCGACGAACUUCCGACCGAGAGGGUCGCACCUCCUGUAGAAAAUCAACAAGAACAUCCUGCGGAAGCUAAUGACAGUACCGUAGAGGUAGAGCAGAACGACGAAGAGAAGGAAGAGGAGGCGCAGAUAAUAGACGGCAUCUGGGACAACUUCAAAACGUAUGCGGCGAGUCUGGAGAAACAAGAUCCAGUAGCUGACAUGUUGCCGAAGGAGAACGACGCGGAGCUGGAAUUCUUAAGGCGGGUGAUCCUCGCCGAUCACGAUUAUUGCGUAGUCUCGGAAAAGGAUGGAUCUAAGAGUUGUAACGAAGAUGGGACGACGAAGGAGGACGAGAAUGGACGAGGAGCGGAGCACGAUUAUACAGGGAAAUCCGGGAAGAGUCCUUCCGGCAGAGCCGGGCAAAACGAGUGUUCCGAGAACGACGCGACCGCGAAGAAGAAGUCUAAGACCCCGAAGAAGAAGAAGAAACAGUCGGGCAGCACGUCGUCGAGCGAGUCCUCCAGCGACAGCGACUCGAGUAGCUGUUCUUGCGGCAGUAACUGCAGCUGCAGUAGCUCCUCUUCCGGCAGUUCUUCCAGCUCCAGCAGCAGCUCGGACAGCGACAGCUCGGCCUCGGAAAACUCCCCAAAGAAGCAGCAGAAUCGAAAGGAGCGUAAAAGGGAAAAGGAGAACAGUCGACGAAGUAAGCCUACCGAAUUGGAAGGUAAAGGGUCACCUCCCCUGCAGGUGGAGAACGGCGGCACGGACGCAUGCGAAGCUGCGACGAGUCGCCCAGCAGUGCAGCUGCGCGAGUCCGACCUGGAAACGGAGGAAACGGAGACGGACGAGGACUUCUACGACGAACAUCCUCAACAGCUAGCGAACAAGCUGCUGGCCGAGAAACGCAACCAGCUGAUGUUGCUGGCCGCCGUAGCUCCUGCGUCCGUGGAUACGGUGCCGGCGCCGUUGAACAACGGCGUUGCGAGCACCGACUCGGCCACCCAUUCGCCAGACCCAGCAGCCGCUCAUGCGCCGACUCCAACCACCCCCGAGAACGCUCCAAAGAUAAUACAAUCGCGCAAGCGAACCAAGACGAAAAAGCGAAAAAGAGGCGACAAGCCGAAACAAGGGAACUCCACUCCCACCGUCGAGUCCAUUAAGUUAAACAUUCCGAAGUCGUUUUACCAGAGAAGGCCAUUCGCGUCCUCGUCGCCCGCCAUGGUGACGGUCGUAUCGAACAGUCGGUCUUCCACGCCGAACCUGACGCUGCCAGCGUCGGAAAGAGGAGCUGCAGCCCUCCAUUCCGACGUCCAGCAGGUGAAGCCGACGGACCGCAGCGUAGGCAGUGGAUCCGAAACGGAGAACAAACGCUCCUCGAAGAGGAAACGCGUGCCGAAGCGCUUCUACGGGGACUCCAGCGACGAGGAUACCGAGACGUCCAGACCUCCGACGUUGAAGUGGAGGAAGCUGGAACCCCCGGCUUUCGCGUCCGGCCCCACGUCGAAGCAGCUUACCUUCUCCGUGAAGCAGCACGACGCGUACGGCGACGUUCCCGAUCAGCAACACCAGCACUCCGUGGUGGUAUCCACGCCGACGGUGGCGGCCUCUGCGAGCGACACCGACGAACCACCGGAGAGCAGCAGUGACUCCAGCGACGAGGAAGAGGCGUCCUUACCUGCCCCUCAACCCCAGCCGACUCGGAUACCCCAAACCAUUGGCAACGCGCCGCUUCCUGAGCGCUCCGAUAACGUGUAUUGUUACUGUCGAUGUCCUUACGACGAAGUGUCCGAGAUGAUCGCCUGCGACGGCGAGGACUGCCGCAUCGAGUGGUUUCACUUCGAAUGUGUCGGCAUCAUGGUGCCACCGAAAGGCAAGUGGUACUGCCCGGACUGUCGCAAGAAGCACGGGGUUCUGGAGACCGGGGAGGACUACCUCGACUGAUGGUAGGUGGUCCGAGGUAGUCCUCACUGGAUCCCAAAAAUUGCUCUUGAGUGUUGGAGUAGUUCUCGUUUCGCUACACAGCCGUUUGGGCGCAAAGCAUUGGACACGUUAACUACGGUACUUCAUAUUGGACCUAGACACAUAAGUUUGGUGCCUUUACAUUCAAUUAUAAUUCCAUUUUAAAUUUAUAAUUCUUCUCGCCACUUUGGGAUUCCAACGUAUAAUCUUAACAUGUAUAACGGCUGAUAGCUAAUGACUAACCGAUAAAAUAGAUAAACGGCUGAAAAAGGUCAAAUUUGUGGGAAAAAAAAGGCACCGAACCUAAGGUGAUGUGAAAGUGCCGCGAAGAGGUCUCGUUUAUGAAACUUUUCUCCGAACUGAGUGUACCGAAUCGUUUCAAACUUGACAACGUGAAUGUGGAUUCUGUGAAGAAGGUCCCGAUACCUAUAAAAUUUCAAUUUUUUUUUUUUAUUUGUUUAUAUAUGCUUU